AAAAAAAAAAAAAAAAAUUUCAUCCGCCAGAUGGAUCCCGUUAGCUGUACAUCUAAAUGUAUAUUUAUGUAUAUCAACUUUCAUACAACAAAAAACAUUCAUUUCUCCAGGGACACCGGGUAUUACCCCAACCCAACUUCGGUGGUGAGUGUAUCCAAAAACGACUAUUGGGGUUCGUAAAAACUGAACUGACCGAGGCGUUAGAAUGGUAUAAAAUUUUAUUCGUACGUACGAUACAAAUUACUGUAUACGGGAUAUAUUUUCACCUUCGAACCUUCGAUCGUUGACUGUUAUUAUUAUUUUUUGGUUAUCGCGUAUGAUGUCGUUGUUAUUUCUUUACGGAUCAAUGACUCUUCGUAAUAAUUUCGAAGAUAUUUCCGGGAGCAGUGCCGUCGUUUUGUGAAUUUAUUACACCGGGAAAUCACCCGACAAUCCGUGUGACAUCCACAGCGAACUGUCUUCUUUUCGACGUGGGCGUCAAAGUUUCCUAAUUCUUUGCAGAUUACGUAAAAAUAUUAAAUUGGCUUUCAAGCAGCGUGAAAUUUGAUGCCUCAACCUAAUUUUCGUAUUAUUCCCGUAUAGGUGUAAUAAAAACCUUGAUUUCUUUCUCGGAAAGUACUCACAUUCAAUGCCGUGAAAUUUGAAUAUAACGCGUUAUUUUCAUACUUAUUGUUAGCUUAUCGAUCGAAAGAAGAAAAUUUAUUUAAUUGAAAUCUCUUAGAAUUUUUCGAAACGCGCAUUUCAGGCAGCAAUUUUCUGAAAGUACACGAAGCCACGAAUUACAUCCCUCAAUAAUGAAAUCGAUCUGACGAUACGAAUUUCACUUCAAAAGACGAUUUCGGUACUUUUUCUUUUUUAAUUAAUCUUCAGUUUGGUGGCAAUAUACAAAGCAUACACGUUGAUUGCGACGAAAUGAAAAUCUGCUAUCGAACAUCGACUCUGAAUCUUACAAUGAAAUUUUGUUUUUCUGGACUCGGAAGUUUCGCUACCCCCACGGAGAGGUUACAGAGCGAGUGAAAAACAAUCAGUGGAAACUCGAUCACGCGUCUCUCAUCGAAUUCUCAAAAUUUUUCAUUAAAUCGUUGCUUCUACGCGUACAUUAAACGGCCAUCAUCGUCGCAUGUCGAGUUUUGAUCGAAUCGCGCGUCAAUUUGCUACCCGCUCGACGGUGCAGCCAGAGGCCGGGUCCUAGAGUCCCAUUAAUUGUUAAAAGUGCAUGAAUGCAAAAAUGCCGACGAACUAUUUGUGCGGCAGGGGCUGAAGAGGGGUUACUUUUGCGCGUCAGGUGUUUUGGGGGUUGCCGUCGACGGACAUCGGGAGUCGAAGGGCUAGAGGGGUACGUAGGGGCGCCUGCGCCAGCCCCCGGAACCUCCGACAGUCUUCAGCUAACCCCAGCACGCUCCGUACCGCCGAGGAAACGCGUCCAAUUAACGCUGAUUUUUUCGUCUCACUUACGCGCGCACGCGUUUCUUCACGCAGUAAACUUUGUAUCCUACUAUUAUUCCACGCGUGUAAAGUAUAGCAAGUUCGUAUUCCCGGGCUACGAUAAUUGAUAGAAAUUUAAAGUUGACUGCAGCUGGGAUUCCCGACUCUGAACUUUGUUAGAUGUUUCCAUCAGUUUUAAUAAAAGUUUGUUCGUGUGAAAAAUAAAAUUUUUAACACGUUCGGAGUCGAGUCGAUGCGUUUAAAAAUGACUUCGUCGAUCGACUACCGCCCGCGCGAUGAUUGAUCGAUAUACAACUUGAAACAAAAUAAUUGAAAUCACUCAAGUUCCGAAUCAUUUUCGGGGCACGAGAUUGACGCUGUGCCGGAGGUGCGCGCCCUCAUCGGCGACCCUCGCCACAUUCAUGAAAUUUUAGGUGAAAAAGAGGCGAAGUUUUCUUAUUAAUCUACCCGAAGCGAGAUAUACGCAUGGGAAUGUGUAACCGGUAAUUGAAUUCUUGGUGAAAAAUUAAUUCGCCAGACUUUGACGGCGUCGCCGUUAAUACGGAAAGCACCCUCGGAACUUUGUUAGAUAUUGCGAAUGGCGAAAAAGUACUGGGGAUACGGGAAAAACAACGCGACGUUUCGUCGGUUUAAUUAGUGUACGUAACGAACGUUUAUGAGUCGCCAUUUUUCUUAUAUCCUCAUUCAUCCCGGUCUCAAAUUGACUCGUGCGAGUUACAACGGAGGCAGUCGUAUGAAGUGCACUGGUCUGUUUAACCGCUUGAACAUUUACUAAUUGAAUUCUGAGUAUUGGCAAUAAAGCUCAAAGCUUUUGCUCGAGUGAAACUAGGAGGUAUAGGAUUCAAAUGAAAUCACGUUCGACCCGAAAUUCCAGUCUCCUGAGAACACGUUAGAAUUUCAAACGAAAUAUCGUCGACUCUUUCAAGAGCUUCUCGAGGAACUCCAACUACACGUAUACCAUCGACUCGUCGAAUCUAAUCUACACUCGCAGCGAACAACGGAGGAUCGAAACUUACGUUAAAAACAAAAAUAACUUAAUUAAUAAAUGAUCAAAUAAAUGAAACCACAGUUAUAUGGUUCUGAGCUAUCUGCGUAUAGACAACGAAUAAAACAAAAUUAAACCAAUCCAAACAAAUUCUGUGAACCGUAAAAAGUGUGCCGCCGUAGUUGCAGAUGUGAAUUCAAAAUCACCGCUCUUCUCACCCCAAUGGUGAAACGAUUGCGCAAUGAAGACCUGAGCGAAUCCACGAUGAGAAGGUUUAUAUUGAUCCUGCUCGCGUCACGAUUCCUGAUGCACACAACAGAUGCUAUGAUCCAUCGUCGAAAUGUUGGUGUAGACGAGAGCGACAGGAACGCAUUGGAAGUUUCAGGACCAAUUAGAGAAGUUUUGGCGCAGACAGGUGGGACGGCUGCGUUACCCUGUAAACUGUCGGACCCCGGAGCAGGGAUUGUGACCUGGGUGAGGCGAAAGGACAGACAAUUGCUGACGGUUGGAGCAGCUACGCAUUCCGUGGAGACCCGAUUCAUGGUGAAACCGUCGACGUCGGAUUGGACGCUGUUGAUCAGAGGAGUGACCCUUCAGGACGCGGGCCUCUACGAGUGUCAGGUUCCAACUGUUCCGGUACAGCAUCAAUUUGUCCGCCUUAAGAUCACCGAGGCAUACUCCGUCAUCCCUGGGGCGCCGGACCUCCACGUUAAACAAGGUUCCAGCCUACGACUCGAGUGUCAGCUGGUUUCGGCGACCGAACCUCCCGUUUACGUUUUCUGGUAUCGCCAAGGUCGCAUGAUAAACUACGACGCCGAACCCGGCGUCAGAGUCGAGGCUACGAAGAGCGGCUCCAUCCUGAUAGUUAACAAAACGAAGCCCUCCCACGGAGGAAAUUAUACCUGUACCCCUAGUAAUGCGAGAUCCGCCUACGUCGUAGUUCACGUUAUCGAAGAAGAAGAAAAACCAGCGGCUAUGCACGGUGGCGACAGAAGAAGUUCAUCGGCGAUCGGAGUCUCCUCAAGAUAUCUUUUGAUCUUCGUUGUCAUUAUCGACAGCGUCGUCAAUUCUCUCUGGACGAAUUCCCGACAUUUCUCUACCUACCUCACGUGACUAGGUGAUUAGGUGAAAUUAUUCUAAUCUCAAUCCAAUUUCGAUCAUGUAAUCACGGGGUUAACGAUACUUUUAAAUUUUUCUUCCCACAAUAUCCGGGUUCGAUAGGCUGUUAUUCAACGUGUUUUCACGUGUAAACAGCGAACCGCACACCUAAUAGGAAUACCCAUACCCUAAUUCCAACAUUGACUCAUAAAUCGACUUCUUGUGUGUCGUACAAGUAAUAAAACAAAGAUCCGAACACCGUCCGCCAUUGCGGUCUACGUUCGCUUUUCAAUCUUCGUCCCUCGUUGACUUGAAAUCCGGUAAAAUUUGUGCGAAUGAAAAGUCAUUAGUUGAUACUAAUUGUCGAUCGUUGCACCUAGCCGUCUAUUACACCCAUAUAGAAACGGAUCGUAACAGCGGUGAUAAGCUGAAAUACACCGACACAUCACGACCAUGGCACCGAGCGUUACGCGGACGAUUGAUACGGGUUAUCCAUUUUCCAUGAAAUACUCUAUGGAUAUCGAUUCAUUGAUAAAAAUAUUUAAAUUUCAGGCGACAAACACGACGACAGACGCCCUUUCAAUUUUACCCGAGAGCCGCGGAAAACUCGUUGCACGGCGGAUGCGUGAUCACUUUUUUUACCUCAUUUUUAUUUCGCGAACGCCGCGCGGUUGCGUGUAAUCAGAUUCCUCUACCGUUACUUCUCGUUGUCCUCGGCGAUGAUCAAAGAGAACUCAUUACUCAUUGCUGGAUUACUCCCAGUUAUAUGAGGUACACUAAUAACGUGACCCUGAUCAACGAGCGGCCGAUUAUUUCAAAGCCAAAUAUACGUCGAAAGAACAUAAUAUUCGGCAUGCAGAAUAUCUUGGAUUUUAAAUUAUUGUAAAUAAUGAUAAUACUAAUGAUGAAAAUUGUAAUAUACGUUCAAAACAGAUGAUGUGUAUAGGACAUAAUUUGAGAGAACAAUCUACCCCAUACCACGCUAUAUACGUAUACCAAUGAAUAAUAUAAUAUAGUGUUGUUUAGCGAUAAAUGCCUAUGAAAAUCUUGGUGUCAAAAAUCUACGCAUUCCUAUUAUGGUGUAUACUACACCUUUGAUCGGAUUGAAAUUGAAAAACAAUAUGUAAAACGAUGGUUUCCUCCGUAAGAUUACAGCAAGAUCUUAUGAAUUUAUGGAAAAUUUUGCGGGAUACGCGAUCACCAGAAUUUUUAUUUAAGACGAUCAAAAAUAUAACAGUGUACUUACAUCGUUGAGAAAGAAAUACUAAUCGAGUGAAUGGGGAGCAGAGUUUCUACCAACGUGAGAUAAAUUAAUAAUGAUUGAUAAGAAACUUUUUCGCACAAAAAAGUUUGCGACUCGAAUGAAAUCCCGAAAAAUCAUGCGACCUGCAACGGUGAAGAAAAUUUUCUGUGAACAUUUCGGCAUCAUGAUGAUCGAAACGAUGGAUUCGUUCGUGCGGUACAAUCAUUUUGUCGAUGUCACCGUGCGAAAUUAACGCGGGAUCUGGAUUAUGACUGGUGAAAAUGUAUAUUAUUUAUUUGAAAUUUUUCGUAAAACGAAUCUACUCGAUGAACCGUUUUCAUUCGUCCCCCGUUUUCGGUCAAUCGAAGAUAUAGCAUAUCCCCUCGAGUCCUUUGCGAGAGAAUAAACGACACGAACGAACGACUGUGAGACGACAGUUUAUUUUUCAUUUCUUCGACGCAUGAUUAAUUGUGAACCGUGAACGUUCCAGCAUUACCCGAUUACCGCGAUAAAGAGCAUAAUUCAUACCUCGAGCAUUAAAACAAUGCGAUUAUAACAUUAUGCAGUAUAUACCUGUAUGUAUAUCACCACGCCGGUUUGACAGAUUGCGUAUAAGUGAGCUGCGCUAAUUACUAGGCUGUCAGGUAAUUGAACGGUGGAAAUUUUCUCGAAACUAUAAAGCGGGUAAUAGUCGCCUUUUGGUACCUGUAUUACACAGGUAAACGUGUAUAAAGUACAUCGGCAGCGUUACAUGGGGUUUAUAUAACUACAUAGCCAAAUUAUAGACUAAUUUAAUUUUGUGCCUAAUUGAAAAUUAAUUGAUGAGAAUAACGAUAAUGCGAUAUCUUUCAUUAUGUGCAUAAACGUUAUUAUCAAGGUCGCAACUACACACCUCCUCGGUACACAGUUUGUUAUAAUCGGUGCGUAUAUCGAAUAUACGAAUAUAAAUCACGUAUAAUAAUUAUCACAUGUUUAAGAGUUCUUUUUACGCCGACUCAACGUCUCUUGGGAUAAUGUGACGAUCGAAUUAAAGAUCGUAAGGAUCUCAAAGUUGUCGGGUUCACGUGAAAAUCUUUAUGAAUUCCUAUAUGAUCUUGUAACAAUUAAUCGCAUAUGAGAGAAUAUUCAAAUUAUCGACGCCCGUUCUAACACUCAAUCAUACUAUAAACCAAAUAGUAGUUCGUCUAUAAAAGUAUAAUGGUGUACCGUAUAAUUGAAGUAGAUAUAUUAAUAAUGUUAUAGGGAAAAUUGAAUAAAAAAAAAAUAAAGAACAAAUAAACGAAAUGGUAUGGAAUGGACAGCCAGUUGUAACGUUACAGUAUAAUUAUUAUUGCGUAUAAAGUUGUUUUGAAAAUACAGAUAAAUUUCUCUAUAAUAAAUAUAUAUGACAUAAUAUGUAUAUGAUAUGAACAAAGGAAUAUAUGAAUACAUGAUAGUACAGUUAACGUUAAGCCAUUAUAAUAUAACUUGCUCAUUCAAUGUUUCAAUGUGAUCGAUGUACAUAAAAAUCAACUUAAAUAUAUACGAAACUGUGUCAUCC